UCGCUCGUUCGUCCCUACCGGGAACAGCGGGAUCUCGAGCCGGUGGUGCGCGAGUGCUCGUGUGUUUGUGUGUGUUUGUGUGUCAGUCACGGUGGCAUGAGCCGCACGAGGUAGUCACCGUUAAGGAGGCAUUGACCACCGAUCGCUCAACUAAAUUAAGCAGGCCAAGAGGACAGAAAGUUGCCGAAGCAGGAGGUGGAAGAGCAUGGGAAUUUGGCCCGGUCGGUAAGCGCCACCGGAGAGAGCCGAGCCAGUGGUGACAGUGGUGGUAACGUGCCGGAACCGAGAUCAAGAUGCCGCAGUGCGCGGUCGCGACCUGCCGGAACAGCCACCGGCGAACGCGGGGCCGGCGUAUCCGCUACCACCGCUUCCCCCAGAUACCGGAAGUGCGGUCGCGCUGGGUGCGGGCCUGCGGGCGGGUGCCCCUCUCCAAUGGGGAGAUACCCUUUAACAUACAGACGGCGCGCAUCUGUUCCCUUCACUUCACCAACGAUAGCUACGAGAAGGACAUGGAGCACCUGGUGCUCGGGCUGCCGGUGCGCUCGCGGCUGCGCCGAGGGGCGGUACCGACCAUCGGCGUACCGGUGAACGUGCAGCCCGUCACCAAGAUGCUUGUCGAGGACGCCAAGCGUUCCCUCCUCAAGGUCGCCCAUGCCAAGAUGCUCAAGCAGGCCAAGGGAACCAAGGGUCCGGAUGCAGCAGCAGCCGCCGCCACUACCAACACCAACACCACUACCGUCAAUACCACCGCCUCCGGUAAAAGAGCCAAGGGCGGAGGCGGUGGUGGCGGUGGCGGUGGCGGCACCGCCGGUACUACGGGAGCCGGCUCCGGGGCGCAGGAGCAGAAGAUGGCUGGUAUCGACGUGCUGCUCGCCGUUGGACUUAAACCCGCACCGCACCUGAACAAGAUGCAUGCGAUGGAGAGCAGCGGUGGCAACGGGAAAAAGGUCGUCGACUCUGCGGCGGAGUCGAAGCGCGGCGUCGACGACGAGGACUCGCGCAAGUCGCCCAAGGUCCCGCAGAGUCAGCAGAACGGCGCCGCACUGCCCGAGGAGACGGCCUCCGCCGAUCGAAAUCUGAUUCACUGCCCACAUUCGUCGUCCUUCCCCAAGAAGGAGAAGAAGGAGUCGCUCAUUGAUAAUGACUUGAUUCAGCAUCAGCCCCAGGUGAUUCUGACCAAAUCGUCGAAGCUACAUUACGAGCAAACGACGGCUGCGGCAGCAGCGGCGGCGGUGGCGGCGGCGGCGGCGGCGGCGGCAGCGGCGGCGGCGGCGGCGGCGGCGACGACGACGACGACUACGACGCAACCGACGACUACGACCAAGCAGGGCAGAGUCGGCGGUCAGCGUGGCGCCGCAGCCAAGCACCAGCACCAGCAGCACCACCAUCACCAGCAUCAGCAGCACCAGCAGCAACACCAGCAUGAGGAGCACCGGGAGCAGCAGCCGCCGAUGCGAGAGACCAGGAAGCGGCGCUCGGCAGACGUGGGCCUGGGUGGGGGGGCCGUAUCAGUCGGUGCGCUCAGCCUCUCCUCCUCCAACGGCAACUCCAGUCCGAAGAAGCUCUGCCUCGAUCAGAGGGAGCAAUUCAUCAAUUCGCUCAUUGGCUCGGACAAGUUCACCGCCGAGCAACUAGCCACGAGAGCCGAACAACUACGCGCCGAAGUCCAGGACCUCGACGAGCUCGCGCGCGCCAAAGAGAUGGAGUGGAACGAGAUCCUGAGCAUGCGGAAGCUGAAGGAGGAGGCGUAUCUGCGCAUCGAGCGCCGCAGACAGAUAAUGGGCUUCAUGGAGGGUAACGGGCCCGUGGCCGGUGACGGCUUCCUGCCCCCGGCUAAUCUCGUCCUCGGCCAGCAACACUACGACGGCAACGCCCAUAUGAAGGAAAAGUGCGGUGGCCUCGUGGUGCCGAAGGAGGAGCAGCGCGGCGGCAGUCUUUCGCGCGACAGCUCUCCCGCCCUAAAGCGCGAGCGGAUUUCCAAGGCCCAGUCGGGCUACCAGCAGUCCUCCAAGCAUCAGAUCGUCACCGAGAACGGGCCCAAGCAGAUCGUCGUCGACGCCCAGAGCCCGGAGCACAGGCAGAUCGGCGAGGGCAGGCAGGGCCCGAUCGUCGACGUCAGAUCCAUCAUCGCCGACUACAGGCUACGACAUCCCGAGACGGUGCCUAGACGUAGGGGUCGUAGAAUGAGAAAUUCCGUUAACGUAGGCCUUGGGGCUGGCGGGGCAAUGGUCGAAACUGUUGGGAAUAUGGACUCGCGGCCUUCGAGCACCGACUCGUGCAAGAGCAAUUCCAACGUCAGCGAUCCUAAUAAUGCCAUGAGCUUUAAGGAUGUACUAGUGCAAUUUGCCAAGUUGAGCCAACAGCAAGGAGAGCCAAUAAAAACACCUCAAAAUUAUCCAGACGUAACGCUGCACCCUGUCGCCGCUCCACCGCCGACGCAAAAUUCCGCGCCCCAGACCUCGGGCUCGCUUCUCCAUGGUAUUCUAACGAAAUCUCAGUCGCCAAGGCCGACCACGUUCUCGCCGACAUUGGCCAGACUGUUAACGGCGCCAGAGAGAGAGAGAAACGCACCAACAAUAACGGCGAGCUCUCAUCAGACAGCCACUCAGCAUCUUUUGCAAGCAUACCAAAGCGCCAGUUCUGUUUCUAUCAGUGAUUUUCUUUCCUCGUCCAAGGCUCGGACAGAAAUUACAAUAACUCCAGUCGUCAAUAAUCCAAUACAGACGCACUCAAAUAAUUUGAUUCAUGUUGACGAUGUGCAGGAAGAGACAUCGAUCAUCGACGAAAGAGACUCGAGGCUCUCCAUGGGAACCAGGGAUAACAGGGAUGACAGAGACAGCCCACCACGUUGCCAAGGCUGUCACGAGCGUGCAGCACAAUUUGUAUGCGCUGGAUGUGGCAAUCAGUGGUAUUGCAGUCGUGAAUGUCAGGUUGCUGCUUGGGACGAGCACUCGGAGGUGUGUUCUGGAUAGGGAAAGGUCAAGCAGCCAAACGUGAAAUUGCAAAUGAAUCUAGUCAAGAGAAAAAAGCCAAGAAAGAGAAUCUAGGCAGAGAAUGAACAUAGAGAAAGAAGAUGCAAUUGCCGGGCGUGAUGUAUAUUUUUAUGAAUCUUUAUUGUACGUGUAAGUGAAUUAGCUCGUCCUAUUGCAAAGAGCCGUAUUUAUGAGAUGAACCGAG